AUGACACCAGUCAGUAGUGCGGGCUCCGCAGCAUUUCCAUCAUCGACCACUGGUCUCCUCUCAUCCUCAAGCUCGCCACUUCAAGGCGCACCCAGCUUCAUCAGCCGGAAGACGCGAAAGCGCAAGACAACAGCAAACACUUGGGCCCAUGCACGUGAACCUCAGGACUCGGAGCCUGUCCGCUGCCCUCGCAAGAAUGAGAAGAUUUAUUACUGCAUGCACUGUAUAGAUCCGGCGUAUUCCACGACUGUCUCAACGACGUUCCGCCAUCAUCUGUUCAAAAUCCAUGGGAUUGAGUUAGAUGCGCAAGACGAUCCUAUCAAAAGGAAGCGCAACAGCCUCAUUCAGGAUGCCUUUGCCAAGGCAGGUGAGUCCGUAACCUCUCCUAUAAUUGCAGCUCUUGGCCAGAGCUGCACGCACUUGUUUCCGCAGUCAACUAUACUGCACAGGACCUGA